AAGAAAUUACCUUUGAAGGUUUCAAAUAAAAAACCGUUCAAAACUGAAAGCGACUCAUCCCCAAUGACGUGUUUAAACUGGGGUAGAUCAGUGAACACAUUCAAUGCUUCAUCUGUACACACCUCAGGAGGGAGCUCUAAGACAUCCUCAUAUCCAGAGUACAAGGUUGUUGUAGCGAUUACUGAGGGUAGAGGAGAAGCCAGAUGCGAAGUAGGCCUUGCUGUCAUUAACAUAAACUACCCCGCUUUAAUUCUUUGUCAAACCUCGGACACUCACAGUUACAUAAACACCCUGACUAAAAUCAACGUCUUCAACCCCGUAGAGGUUAUAGUACCCAAAACAUUUAUUGAAACUUUUGCCGGCAAUCGAUUAGUUGAUGCAGUAAAAAAGUUCUUCCCCCACAUUAAAAUCACGACCGUCGCAAGGAACACUUACAACAAAAACCGCGGACUUGAACGUCUUCAAGAACUAUGUCCUCCAUCACUGAACUCCAUCAUCCUAAUCGUUAAGCACAAGUAUUACGCCCUGGCCGCUGUCGCGGCUCUUUUAGCACACACAUGUAUGUCCUACCACACAUAUUAUGCAAGUGGUACUUUGAAAGUUGAUUAUGAGGAGUCCGAAGGAUAUUCUUUUAUAGAUGUUGCCACUGCAGAUCGUUUAGAGCUGCUCACAAGUUCCCAACCAGGCCAAGCGACUAAAUACUCGAGUCUUUUGGGCGUUCUAAAUAAGUGUUUCACAAAAGUUGGCACCCGGACUCUACGGUCCGCCAUCCUGCAACCUCUUUACGACGUCCAACUCAUCGAAGAACGACUGAACUGCGUGACUGAACUUGUAAAUAAUCGCGAAAUGGCGCUCUCUUUACAGCAAGUCUUGCAAAAGGUUCCGAACAUCGAUCAGUUAUUAUCGAUCGCAUUAAUUAUACAGGACGACGUGCAAAAUCCCUCAAAUCGGCACCUGAACUACAUUCUACUAUUAAACACAAUCGUAGAUAUAGUAAGUCCUCUGAAAGAAAUAUUGAGCAAGGCAAAGGAACAUUUUUUUCUGAGCAUUGCGCAGUUCCUGUCUGAUAAGUGCUUCGUCGAUAUGAAGGACAUGGUACGAAAAAUGAUACAUGAAAAUGUUCAUCCCGUAUCCGGCUCGUCGGGAAUUCACCAAAAGUGCUUUGCUAUCAAACCUGGAAUUAAUGGAUUGUUGGAUAUUAUUAGAACUACUUAUUCUGAAAGAAUUGAUGAACUGAAAGAUUAUGUUAAGACACUAGCGGAGAAAUAUGCUUUACCUUUAACAUUAGGAAACAAUGUUGCUAAAGGCUACCAUAUUAUUUUAACGUUGAAUAAACACCAAAAAAGUACCAUAAAAAUAUCAGAUCUCCCUUCUGUAUUCUUUCAAGUAAAGCGAUUGUCAGGUAGUUUUACCAUGAAAACAAUACAUUUAGAAAAUUUAUCUACCAGAAUCGAGGAUAUAUUAAUAGACAUUCUCAGAAUCAGUAACACUAUGAUUUAUCAAAUUUUAAUUGAUUUAAAACAAUACAUACACGUUUUGCAUCGUUUGUGUGAUGUGAUUGCACAUUUGGAUAUGAUUCAAUCCCUUGCAGAGGCCAGUGUCAAUUAUAGCUAUGUAAGACCCAAAUUUUCUGAACAUACGGAAAUUGUGCACGCGUUCCAUCCUCUGUUGGAUUUUUUGUGUCCAGUCAAACCUGUUGCUAAUUCUAUAGUUGCAAGUAAAGAGCAUAACGUGAACAUAAUAACAGGACCAAGUGGUUCGGGUAAAAGCAUCUUUAUCCGGCAAAUGAUGCUGCUGCAAGUGAUGGCCCAAAUAGGAUGUUACGUUCCCGCUGAAUCUGCUACUUUUCGACCUGCCGACAAAAUGUUCUCGCGUAUUUAUCUUGAGGAUGACAUGGAAUUUGGAGUCUCUUCAUUUGUGUUAGAGAUGAAAGAAAUUCAGUACAUGUUAACCGCAAUGACACCGAAUUCCCUAAUAAUAAUCGACGAACUGGGAAGAUCCACCUCCGUAGAAGAGGGUAUGUCAAUGGCGAUUGCAAUCUGUGAAAAGAUCGCCACUUUUCCCGCCUUCUUGUUCAUCACCACCCACUUCAGCUCCCUGUCUAAUAUAAACGACAUGUACCUAAACAUUAAAACUUGGCAGAUGGAGACUAUAAUCACGGGGGAUUCACCGUCGACAACCAAGCUCGAUUAUAGAUAUAAUCUGAAACCGGCUCCCACAUCGAUAGAUCAGUAUGGGGUGUAUAUGGUUAGGAACGUUUGGUCUGAUGAAGUGGUGAACUUCGUUGAGGACACGUUACAGAAUAUUACGUUCAAUUAUCAACAAAUCGACGAACGGAUACGCCUGAAGUACGAUCUCGAAGCAAAAUUGCGGCUAUUGAAGAAAAAGGGAAAAUUGACGCGGGCGCUAUUGAACAAAUAUUUGAACGAGUAUCAAAACGAAUUGGAAAAACACAACUUUACUUUUGUUAUAGAAAGCCAGUGUUACGUUUCCAAUUCGACAUAUUCGACAUCGAAUAAUUUAACAUUCCCAGGGUGCAACGAGCUAAAUAAUACUGAUGUAGCAUAUACUUCUCAAUUCACUCAAAAUUCCAUAGAUACAGUGCAUUAUCAAAAUCUAUCAAAAUUUUUAAACGAGAAUUCGCAAAAUUUAGAAGUAAUUAUACCAGAAAUCAGCCUUAGUUGCCAAGAUUUCGGCCAGAAAGUUGUCACUGAAAGCAACAACAAUAUAUUUAUUGAAAACAAGAGCACAGAAUGUUCUGUUGACAUUUGUAACCUCGAGGCUUUUGCUCUUCCUCUAUUAAGAGACCACACAAAAACGUCAACUCCACAAAUUAAAGAAGUUGAAGCACCACAGAAAACCAGAAUUUCAGAAACUCCUUCAAAGGACGACGUUUUUGAGGAGACCUUGAUACAAAGCGAAUUGGAGAUUUGCAGUCAAUUGCUCUCAAACUGCAGCAGUUUUGACGAGGGUAUCAUCAAUCAAGACUUGGAAGAUAAUAUAUGUUGUAACGGAUCAAUGGAGAAUGAUCCGAAUGAUGAUGUUUCUCAACAAGAAAAAUCUUUGCUUUCAUAUAAGGAGAAAAUUUUUGAUGAGGCCAUUAAACGAGCAGCCAGUUAUGAAGGAAUAACUCCACGGGAGACAGAAAUUAUUGAAGAAGAAUUUUAUAAAUACCGUGGGCAAUAUGAACACCAUAUUAUUCCAAAUGUUAUAAUCCUGAUGGGUACAAAUGACAAAAGUGUAUCUGUUAAUAGCAAUUCAGAUAAGUCGCUUUAUGAAAAUUUUUCAAAUGAAGUCAGCGAGUAUAAUUUUACAAAAUUUAAUGAAUUUAAUGUAGAAUAUAAUACAGAUCCGAAAAAAUUUGGAAAGACAACUUCAUCAAUUUCUGCCAAUAAUAACAAAUCAUCCAUUAAGGAGAUAACAAACUUAAUAACAGACACUGCAGGUUCUAGUGCAGAUAACAUAUCUCCAAAAGAAAUCAGAAAUAAUCUGAGCAUAACUGAAGGUCUCAGUAUGAUUUCGAGAAAAAGAUUGCUAACCAACACUGAACCCUCAUUUGUAAAUAAAUCAAAUAAUUCCUUAGUCCUGUCUAACAAGAAACGAGUUAAAAUAGAAAGCACACUAACAAGUUCUAAAAGUAAAGAAAAUCAACUGUCAUUUGAAAAAAUGACCGUAUUAAUUACACAAGAUCCAAACAAAGUUAAUGGUUAUACAGAUCUCGUUGCUUCCACUCCGGUAAGUUCUAAAGAAACUAUGCUAAAACAAAACUGGCGAACAAAUGACAUGAAAAUCAAACAGAAAGGUAUCAAAAAUAAGUUUGUGCCACCGAUGAAAUUAACAUCGAAGAAUAUUAAAGAACAGUUCAAGGAACAAGAUAAAAAAUUGUUGGAGAUCAGCCCAAAUGCGUUCGAUUAUUCGCGGCAUCUUCUUAAUUACGUCAAUAGACCAUCUGUUAAGCAAGUUAUUAAUCAACGUCCGUUGGUGCACGCGAUGAAAACGGUAGCUGGAGUGCAAAUAACGUCGGUUGAAACUAAAUCGAAUAAAAAGAGGAAUAUGGAUAUUCAGAAGGCCUGGUCCAAUGAAAAUUUUGACAUAACUAUGUUUAGCGAUGAGAACGCUAAACUUUUCGAAGACUUCCUAAGCUGCAAAGAUAAUGAUAUACAAAUGUUCAAUUUCAAAAAAACUAAAGUCUCUCUAUUUGCAUCCAGUGGUGCAAAUAAUAAUGUAUUUGAGUAUUACAACAAACAUAGAGAAGGUGCACAGUCUACAGUUAUGUCUAAAGAUGAAGGAAGUUUGGGUUUUUAUAUGAAGCCCUUGUAUGAUGUAACAAACACAAAUCUGUUUGGGAAUAUCAAUGUUAAACGUUCCAAUUCUAGUGAUAUUUUUGGAGAGUCGUCAGAAAACUUACCUUCUAGCGCUAAUGAUCACCAAUUAUUAAAUAAUAUGACAACUUACCCUUCAUACACUUCAAACGUAUCUAUAAAUGUAGAAAUGGCCAAACAUGGUAAUUCUUUGAAAAAAUUGUCUCUUGAAGGUGUUAAUACUGCACCAAAUGAUUCGCAAUAUGUAGCAAGCAAGCGCUACAAAAAUAAUAUAGAAGGUUUUCACAAAAUUAUAAAUAACUAUUUAGAUGAUUCUGUGAUGAACACAAAAAAGAAGAGUAUUUUUGAAGAUACUCUUGAUUGUGAUAUGUCAUUGUAAUUUUCUUACACCUUUCAUAUUAAACGUUCAUAAAUAUUGUAACACUUACGCUACUCGAG